AUUAGAAAAUGAUGAAGUUAUGACAAAGUAAUAUUGCCAUAGACUGCACAUUUAUAUGAUUCCCUUCAUUUAAUAAAAUGUAGGCUUAUCAAUGGCUUUGAAUAGGUUAAUUUAUAACACGUACAAUUUCUGUUAAUUGAUAUAGUUUAACGGUACUUCAUUGGUGUCGAUGUACCGCGUAUGUUACAUAGCUUUAUUGUUUUAACUUGAUUAAAUAUGUAAGGAAAAUGGUCCGUCCAAUGUUUCUUCCUUAUUACUCAAAGGCUCGAGGACCACCAAGGCUAAGAUUCCAGGUUAUGGGUAUUCGUGGCAGACGUUUUUUAAAGUUGGUGGUUGCAAAUCAACGUGAUCCGCGAGAUGGAAAACAUAUGGAGGUUCUCGGCAGUUUGCAACGUCGUCCGUUAAAUCCAAUACCAUCGGCUAUUGAUGAACCACAUGAUAGUUUAUGCGAAAUUAGAUUACGAUUUAGUCGUAUUAAAUUUUGGUUGGGUGUAGGAUGUGAAAUGGGUAUUCCUGUACAAGUUGCUCUCGCUCACGCUAAUCUGAUUCCAACUCCACCUCCCAAAUUUGGCUUAAGAACAAAAGGACACUAUCACUUAUUAUCGCAAAUAGCUGAGCGUCGUGCACAAAUGCAUUUUGAUCAGGUAAAUGCAUUUAUGAGUACAGAUCAACCAUAUUAUGUUGAUCCUUCAGCUAAACCUGAACCACCCGAGCCAGAAGAAUGUCCUGCAAGAACAGUCGCACAAGCUAUGUAUCCACCUGAAAUGCGUGAACAAAUGAGAACCCCUGUAGAAACCGAUCCUUUGGAGGUUGAUUAUGCCCCAACAGGGAGUGGCGUAAUCCGCCGUAUUGUGAGGUAGAUCUGUCAAUAUAAACAUUGAAAACGUAUUGAUGUCAAUGUUUUAAGUAUUGUUU